AAGCCACUUCAACCGCCACCGGGGUUCAUCCUCCACCGCAGUUUAGGAAGCAAGAAGGACUCCACACUUCUGUCCAUCACUACCCUUCCGAUUAUCCAAGAAAAAAGGACAUGAAAACCAGAAAUCAAGCCAAACGACAGCGUCAAUCAACAGGUGAAGAUGACUUGGUUAGCAAAUCUGGACAUGAUACAAAAGCAAAUGGUACUCUUGCUGAUACUUCAGAGGAGGCUGUCAACCCGUUUCUAAAACGAGUUGGUUCACUUGGCUCUCGUGAGUUGAAAGAUGAUUCUGCAAGUAAGUUAGACAACCGGCCAAAGGGAAAGGAAAAACAAAUUAAAUACGACAGGCAUGCACAAAAUAUCUCGGAGGUCGAUGGUUCUAGUGGACAUGCCAAAUUAGAGAAUUCAAUACCUUUGAAAGCUGAUGGCAGAAGUCCUCAGCAAGCUAAAUCCGAAUUGGAGGAUGUAAUGGCUGAUUCAGAUUGGGAAGAUGGAUCAAAUCCCAAUUUGAAUUCUGAAAGCAGCCAUCCAGGUCAUAUAAACAAGGAUAUUGCUAUUGAGUUUGAUGCAUCACCUGGUACUUCUAAGCGGAAGUCUGUACGUCGAGCUUCUGCUGAGGAAAAGCAAGUGGCUGAGCUUGUGCACAGGACACAUUUACUCUGUUUACUUGGACGGGGACGGUUAAUUGAUAGUGCUUGCGAUGAUCCUCUCAUUCAGGCUUCCUUAUUGUCACUUUUGCCAGCAGAGUUGUUGAAUUUAUUGAAAGUCGCAGAUCUUACAGUAGAUGCCUUGGGUUCUUUGGUCAACUGGUUCCACAUUAACUUCCACGUCAGAAGUUCAAGCAGUGACAGAUCCUUCCAUUCAGCUUUAGCCAGGGCACUUGAAACCCAUGAGGGGACUCCAGAGGAGGUCGCUGCUUUAUCUGUGGCACUGUUCAGAGCAUUGAAUCUUUUAACACGGUUUGUGUCUAUUUUAGAUGCUGCCUCCUUGAAACCGGAUGCUGAUAAAUCUGAGGAUAUGUCUCAAGGAAGAAAAGUUGGUAAGGGGGUAUUUGACUCUUCAACGGUCAUGGUGACUCAGCCAAGUGAAGCUUCUAUAUCUUCUGGUAAACAGUCUGCACCUGUUGAUGCGGAGAAUGUUGCUUCUGUUGACAAGAAGAAUGCAUCUGAAGCUUCUGCAAAGGCUUCAUACCAGAGGAAAGUUAAGAAGUCAGGUCGAACUAUAUCUCAGGAUACAGACUCAACCACUGGUGAUCAGUUAAAUGAGAGAAGGGUGGAUAUAUUUGCUUGUGAGGCACAAAAUCCUACCUCUGAUGCAUGUGCUGCGACAACAUCUGAGGGCUCAAAGAGAAAGGGAGAUGUUGAGUUUGAAAUGCAGAUGGAAAUGGCUCUUUCUGCAACUGCAGUGGAGACUUCUAAAGUCAAUCUUGAUACCGAUGUUAAGAAUUCGCAUAGUAGUAUAUCCAACUUUUCUCCUUUUAAAAGAUCAAAAAAGAUCAGAUGUGAAGAGUCAUCUUCGUUCUCUCAGGGAAUCUCUACUGCAGUUGGAUCAAGGAAAGUAGGAGCUCCUAUGUAUUGGGCAGAAGUUUAUUGCAGUGGAGAUAACUCGACAGGAAAAUGGGUUCAUGUUGAUGCUGUAAAUGCAAUCAUUGACGGAGAACAGAAAGUAGAAGCUGCAGCUGCUGCAUGUAAAACCUCCUUGAGAUAUGUGGUUGCUUUUGCUGGUCGAGGAGCUAAAGAUGUGACUCGCAGGUAUUGUGCAAAGUGGUACAUGAUAGCAUCACAUCGAGUUGAUUCGACUUGGUGGGACACAGUGUUGCGGCCACUGAAAGAGUUGGAGUCUAGAGCAAUUGGAGCUUUUGGUUCUUCAUCAGGCACUUGCAGAUUGUCUGAUAAGUCUAGCAUGAGUGUGAUAAGGGGUGAUGUGAAAAAGGAAGAACAUGCAUCAGUGAGCAGUUUCUUUUUUGCCACCAGGACCUCUCUUGAGGAUAUGGAGCUGGAGACGAAGGCAUUAACUGAGCCUCUUCCAACUAAUCAACAGGCAUACAGAAGUCACCAUUUGUAUGCUCUUGAAAGAUGGCUUACAAAAUACCAGAUUCUUCACCCUAAGGGCCCUAUUUUGGGAUUUUGUUCUGGUCAUCCUGUUUACCCAAGAGCUUGCGUCCAAAUGCUGCACACCAAAGAGAGAUGGCUGCGGGAGGGGCUGCAAUUAAAAGUUGAUGAACUUCCAGUGAAGGUGUUGAAGCGCUCUGUAAAGCUAAACAAGGGGAAGUUUCCUGGAGAUGAAGAUGAUGAGAAUGAUUGUGUAGGGCCUGGAGGCACUAUCAAUCUUUACGGCAAGUGGCAAACAGAACCCUUGCGUUUACUUCCUGCAGAAAAUGGGAUUGUGCCAAAGAAUGAGCGUGGCCAAGUAGAUCUGUGGUCUGAGAAGUGUCUUCCUCCAGGAACUGUGCAUUUGGGGUUCCCAAGGAUCUUUGCUGUUGCAAAGAAGCUGGAGAUCGAUUAUGCCCCUGCAAUGGUUGGAUUUGAAUUCCGAAAUGGCCGCUCUGUUCCUCUAUAUGAUGGCAUUGUGGUGUGUACUGAGUUCAAGGAUACAAUUCUAGAGGCAUAUGCAGAAGAAGAAGAGAGGAGGGGAGCAGAUGAGAGAAGAAAGAAUGAAGCCCAAGCCAUAUCCAGGUGGUAUCAACUUCUUUCAUCCAUCAUUACGCGACAAAGAUUGAACAACCGCUACGCAGAGGGAGUUUCAAAUGAUGUUCAAAAAACAUACGAUACAUUUCAUCAUCAUAAAAGUACGAAUAGGGAGGACAUACAGAAACCGAUAUCCCACCAAGCAAAUGAAGACGACCCUAGUCAACCUGACGCUCUGCCACAGCCAUCAGAAGAGGACCACGAGCAUGUGUUUUUGUUGAAUGAUCCAAGUUCUGAUGAUGGUUCCACACGGACAAAGCGAUGUCGUUGUGGGUUUUCAAUUGAAGUGGAGGAGUUUUAGGUGAGGCUAUUUGGCAAUAACUAAAUUCAUCUGUGUAAAAAUGUUUGUAUUAAUGCUUUUGCAGUGGAGUUGUGAG